AUGCCCAAGGUUCACUUGUUGGACUAUGUCGCCGGCAACAUUCGCAGCCUGGUGAACGCCGUCGAGAAGCUUGGAUAUGAGGUCGAUUGGAUCCGGUCGCCGGAAGAUGUGUCCCAAGCAGAGAUCGCUUCUUCGCGAUUUCUCAUAGGGGGGCUCACAAUGCCCAAGGUUCACUUGUUGGACUAUGUCGCCGGCAACAUUCGCAGCCUGGUGAACGCCGUCGAGAAGCUUGGAUAUGAGGUCGAUUGGAUCCGGUCGCCGGAAGAUGUGUCCCAAGCAGAGAAACUCAUUCUGCCUGGGGUAGGCCACUUUGGCCACUGCCUCUCCCAACUCUCCCAGGCAGGCUACCUGCCCGCCAUCCAGAAACACAUUGACGAGGGCAAGCCUUUUAUGGGCGUGUGUGUUGGCCUGCAAGCGCUUUUCGAAGGGUCCGUCGAGGACCCCGACGUGCCCGGGCUCGGUGUCGUGAAGGGAUUCCUGGGCCGCUUUGACGACUCGACCAAGUCAGUUCCGCACAUUGGCUGGAACAGCGCCAGCACCGCUGGCCAGUCCAUGUACGACUUGCGCCCAGACUCGAAAUACUACUACGUCCACACAUACCGCUUCCCCUACGUCAAGGGCCAGCUGGAAGACCAAGGAUGGACCGUCGCGACAGGCACCUACGGCACGGAAACAUUUGUCGGCGCCGUGGCCAAGGGCAACAUCUACGCGACGCAGUUCCACCCGGAAAAGUCGGGCGUCGCAGGCCUGCGAACUCUCCGCGCAUUCCUCAACGGCCAAGGUGCCAAAACCCUCGGCUCGCCGUCCUCGACGCUCGGUCAAGCCUCUUCCGAGGCCAAGGACGGCCUCACCCGUCGCGUCAUAGCCUGCCUCGACGUCCGCACCAACGACCAGGGCGACCUCGUCGUCACAAAGGGCGACCACCCGUCCAACGGCCAAGGUGCCAAACCCCUCGGCUCGCCGUCCUCGACGCUCGGUCAAGCCUCUUCCGAGGCCAAGGACGGCCUCACCCGUCGCGUCAUAGCCUGCCUCGACGUCCGCACCAACGACCAGGGCGACCUCGUCGUCACAAAGGGCGACCAGUACGAUGUCCGUGAAAAGAACGACACCCGCGACGUCCGAAACCUCGGGAAGCCCGUCGAAAUGGCCAAGAAGUACUACCACGACGGCGCCGACGAAGUCACCUUCCUCAACAUCACAUCCUUCCGCGACUGCCCCAUCGCCGACCUCCCCAUGUUGGAAAUCCUGCGUCAGACAUCGCAGACCGUCUUCGUGCCGCUCACCAUUGGCGGCGGCAUCCGCGACACCGUCGACACCGACGGCACAAAAGUCUCGGCGCUGGAAAUCGCAACAAUGUACUUCAAAUCGGGCGCGGACAAGGUCUCCAUCGGGAGCGACGCCGUCAUCGCCGCGGAGGAGUACUACUCCAUCGGCCGCAAACUCUUUGGCAACACGGCUAUUGAGCAGAUUUCCCGUGCGUACGGGAACCAGGCCGUCGUCGUCAGCGUGGACCCCAAGCGCGUCUACGUGCCAAAGGUGGACGCUACCCGCCACAACAUCAUCGAGACCAAAUUCCCCGGCCCCAGGGGCGAGCCGUACUGCUGGUACGCUUGCACCAUCAAGGGCGGCAGGGAAACACGGGACAUGGACGUCGUCGAGCUGGCGCAGGCGGUGGAGGCCAUGGGCGCCGGAGAAUUGCUGCUGAAUUGCAUUGAUAAGGACGGCUCAAACACCGGCUUUGAUCUAGAGCUCAUCACCCAGGUCAAGAAUGCUGUCAAGAUUCCCGUCAUUGCCUCAAGCGGUGCUGGCAACCCAAGCCACUUUGAAGAGGUCUUUAGCAAGACUACCACGGAUGCUGCUCUCGGUGCCGGCAUGUUCCACCGCGCCGAGUAUACAGUUAAGCAGGUGAAGGAUUACUUGAAGGACAAAGGCCUUGUAGUGAGGCAAUUUGAACAAGACCUGUCAUGA